CCCUAGGAGAGCCGAGCCGAGUCGCCCCCUUCUGCCUGCCCCUCUCCCAUCACAUCGCUGCUCUCUGAAUCCCUCUUUUCUUCCUCUCCCUCUUCCCCCCACUGUCCUCAGCUUCUUUUACCGCACUCCUCAUUCCUUCAUCCUCCCCUCUUCUGCGCUCCCCUCAUCCCUCUGCCCAUCUCCUUGCGCCUCCCUCUCCCGCUUUUAUUCUCCAUCCCGGUAUCUCCCCCCGCUCAUCUUUGUUCUCCUGCCCUGCCGUCCAUCCCCUGCUUCUCCUCCUUCUCCUGCCGGUGUUUCCGUGCGUGGCACCCAUUGGCUCCCUCUGCCCGAGCCCGCGGAUGGCGGGGGCUGCGCGGGGCACGGACGCUGGGCCGCGGGGCUGAGGGGCCGCCACCCGCAUCCCCUCCCGCGCCGGGCACGGCGGGGGCGAUGGGCAAGCCCGGCCACAGGGACUCGAGCCUCCGGCAGCGCCCGGCGGGGCUCGCUCCCCACGGGAGCGCUUUGCUCGGUCGCGCUUGAGAAAGGGGAAGGGGAAAAGCAUGACACGGAUUCUCCGGGGGAAGCGGAGGAAAAUGUGCAUCCCGACGACAUGUAAGUAGCCGGCGGCUCUGGCCGCUCUUCCCGGAUGUCUCCCGCGGGCAUGAGUCCACGCAGAAGUUAAGUCUGCAGUUCCAGAGAAGGAAACCUGCCGACCACCCCUCGCUCUCGACCCUCCAACUCUGCCAGUCCAGCCUGGUCCUUACGAGAGAGCUCAGCCCCGAGCUCCAGAUUGCUAACUGAUCCUGCAAGGACACUGCCCCUGCCCUCUUCCCUGCCUCUGCUAUGGACACUUCUGCUUUUAGCCUCCCCACGCCAGCAGUGUUGGAGGAAGGGAAUGCCUCCAGUAGCUGGGCAGGCUUCACUAUCCCCAACAGCUCCUCCACUGUCAGCCCUGGUGUAGUUGUCAGCGGCGUCCUCAUCCCCGUGGUCUACCUCAUUGUCUGUGUGGUGGGGCUGGCUGGGAAUUCCCUGGUCAUUUAUGUGGUCCUACGGCACUCUGUCAGCGAGUCGGUGACCAACGUGUACAUCUUGAACCUGGCCCUGGCUGAUGAGCUCUUCAUGCUGGGCCUGCCCUUCCUGGCUGCACAAAAUGCCCUGUCCUACUGGCCAUUUGGCUCUUUCAUGUGCCGCCUGGUGAUGGCUGUGGAUGCCAUCAACCAGUUCACCAGCAUCUUCUGCCUGACAGUGAUGAGUGUUGACCGCUACCUGGCUGUGGUCCACCCCGGAAAGUCCUCCAAAUGGAGGACAGCACGGGUGGCCAAGGCCGUGAGUGUAACUGUGUGGGUGCUGUCUUCCAUAGUGGUGCUGCCCGUGGUUGUCUUCUCAGAUGUCCCUUUAGGGAUGAGUACAUGCCACAUCCAGUGGCCAGAGCCUGCCUCGGUGUGGAGAGCUGGCUUCAUCGUCUACACUGCCACCCUGGGCUUCUUUGGACCACUGCUGGUGAUUUGUCUCUGCUAUCUCCUGAUUGUAGUGAAGGUUCGCUCCUCCGGCAGGCGGGUGAGGGCUCUGUCCUCCAAGCACAAGCUUUCAGAGCGCAGAGUGACCCGCAUGGUGGUGACUGUGGUGGCCGUCUUCGUCCUUUGCUGGCUUCCCUUCUAUGUCCUCAACAUAAUCAAUGUUGUGUGCCCGCUGCCGGAGGAGCCAUCCCUCUUUGGAGUCUACUUCCUUGUGGUGGUGCUGCCAUAUGCCAACAGCUGCGCCAACCCCAUCAUCUAUGGCUUCCUCUCCUACCGCUUCCAGCAGGGCUUCCGCAGGGCCAUCUUCAGGCCUUCCCGCCGAGUCCAGAGCCAGGAGGUGCCAGCAUGCCCCCCUGAGAAGAUCGAUGACGAAAGGGAAGAGGGUGAGAUCAGCAAGAUCACCAGGAAUGGAAAUGGCAGGCAGGAGCACCCUCUAAGCAGUGGGGAAGGAAAAAGCAAUGAGCAAAAACCACUCCCCGAGGAGCCUGCGGGAUGCGAAAAGAGCAGCAAGUUGCAUGUCAGCUAUUUAUGAUGAAAGGGGUGGUAAGAUACAUCGGGACAUGGGAUCCCCUUCACCUUCACUACUUCCAAAGGCAAUGGGAGAUGAUACAAGGGAAUAAUAAAGUCCAAGAGUAGCCUUAAAGAUGAAUAGGGCCCCAUGAUCUUGUGGAAGAAGCAAGGCAUUGUUCUUGGCUUGGAAGAGACACCUGAGGUGUGUGUGGUACCAGUGUUACCAGAAAUUGGUAAAAAAUAAAACCUCCCUAACACUAAUGUAGCAUUCAGAAGCAGGUAUUCUUUAUUUGGCUGGAUGCACGAGGGGAUAUCUCCUUCAAAAUAUCAUGCAUGCUGAGUACAAAAAAGCUCCCAUUUAUGUACUAUAUUUUACAUACAUGCUCAUUAAUUUUCCCAGUAUAAACAUACAUAUGAUAUUAAUUUCCCCAAAACCAUCAAUGUAUUUUCCCUCUCCUUUACACAUGUAUUCUUCUGUCAUGGGAGUCUUUUGGUGGUCCCCUAUGGCUGGUGACCCCAAAGUCAUACCUGACUGCCUGGUGAACUGGUAAAAGUUGGCAUAACUGGGCUGGUUGCUUUUGAGUUCUUCUUUCUACAGAAUAAACAUUGUGCAGCUCCA